AUGUAUUUAAUAUACAUAUAUGGAAAACAUUACAGGACUUCUCAUAAAGACUUGAUCAAUAUUCAGCGACAAAGGAAGGACACAACGGAAAAUGAUGAGAACAGUGAUACUGACAUAGAUUCAAAUGAUUCCAUAGAACUGGAAUUUAGCUUGGAAGCUUUAAAAGAAUCUGCGGAAAGAAUAUUAGGAAUAUGUCGGGCGUGUAGCUUUUCCGGAAUACCGCAUUUGAAGCUGGAAUGUGAAGUAGCAGUGAUGGAAUAUGUUCGAGAGAACAUUAAAAAAAUCAAAAUGCCUAAAGUGUAUCAUUAUGAGAAAGAUAAAUGUAAAGUUAUCACACAAAUAAUUGAAAUAAUGUGCGAACUUAAAAAACAUAAAUUUCCUAAAAUUGGUGGCAUAUUUAUCGACCCAGAUACUCAAGAGUUUACAGUAGCAGCAAUUAAAAAAGAAAUAAAAUACAUAAAAACCGCUCAUACACAAGAAAAACAAGAAAAAUGGACUCCAGUAUACGAAAUAUUGGCUGAACUAGUUCCUAAUUUUUUUUCUAAAGAUGACAAAGAACAAUUUGUACCAACUCAUGGUGAUCUUCAUCCAACAAAUAUUGUGAUGGAAGGCACCAAGAUUACAGAAGAAGAAAUUAAGGAACAUGAGGAACUUCAGAAGUUUUUCCGAGAACAAAUGAAAAAUUGUGAUCCAGAAUUUGUAGGCAUAAUGGAUAACAUGGAUGAAUUUAAAAGCAAAAUAUAUAAUUUGGUUUUAUAA